AACUGGGUUCGUGGAAAGGUUUUGGGCGGUUCCAGUGUCCUCAAUACGAUGUUAUACGUACGCGGCAACCGACGCGACUUCGAUCGCUGGCGAGAUUUGGGCAACGAAGGUUGGGGUUACGAUGACGUCCUCCCGUACUUCCUCAAAAGUGAAGAUCAACGCAAUCCGUAUCUGGCCCGCAACAAAAAGUACCACGCGACCGGUGGGUACCAGACGAUCCAGGAGUCCCCCUACAACACCCCGCUGGGGAUAGCCUUCCUGCAGGCCGGUCAGGAGAUGGGAUACGACAUUCGGGACAUCAACGGCGAACAGCAGACGGGUUUCGCCCUGUUUCAAUUCACGAUGCGUAGAGGGACGAGGUGUAGCGCGGCGAAGGCGUUCCUGCGUCCGGUGAGAUUGCGUCCCAACCUCCACAUUUCGAUGUGGACGCACGCGACGAAGGUGCUGAUUGAUCCGGACACGAAGCGCGCCUACGGGGUCCAAUUCAUAAAGCACGGCCUGCUGCAGACGGUCAUGGCGAAGAGGGAGGUGAUACUUUCGGCCGGCGCGAUCAACACCCCCCAGCUGCUGAUGUUGAGCGGCGUCGGGCCCGCUGAUCACCUGGAGGACAUGGGCAUACCCGUCCUGCACGAUUCACCAGGAGUCGGCAAGAACGUGCAGGACCACAUCGCCGCCGGUGGAAUUACGUUCCUCAUCAACAAGCCUGUCGCCAUCCUCACCCAUCGCAUAUCGAACAUCAACACCGCGCUGAGGUACGCCAUCUUCGGCGACGGACCUUUGACGUCGAGCGUAGGCAUCGAGACCGUCGGCUUCAUUUCGACCAAGUACGCGAACCGUUCCGAUGACUGGCCGGAUAUGGAGUUCAUGAUCUUGAGCACCUCCACGAACCAAGACAGCGGCACCCAGGUGAAGCGCGCCCACGGGCUCUCCGACGAGUUCUACGACGCCGUCUUCAAGAGCAUCAACGCCAAGGACGUCUUCAGCAUCUUCCCGAUGAUGCUGCGCCCCAAAAGCACGGGGGUCAUCAAAUUGCAAUCGAAAAAUCCCCUGCGCUACCCUCUGAUGUAUCACAACUACCUCACGGAUCCGCACGAUGUCGCCGUCCUGCGCGAGGGAAUCAAGGCCAGUAUAGCCUUCGGCCAAACCACCGCGAUGAAAAGGUUCGGCUCCACGUUCCACAGCGUCCCCUAUCCCAACUGCAAGCACCUUCCUCUCUUCACCGACGAGUACUGGGACUGCGCGGUUCGCCAGUACACCCUCACCAUCUACCACUACUCGUGCAGCGCGAAAAUGGGACCCAAAACCGACCCCCUCGCCGUGGUCGACCCCAAGCUGAGGGUUUACGGAGUGUCCGGCCUGCGAAUCGUAGACGCCUCGAUUAUGCCGUACAUCACAAGCGGCAACAUCAACGCUCCCGUUUUGAUGAUCGGAGAGAAAGGCUCGGACUUGAUCAAAGAGUACUGGUUGGGGUACUCACUGGGAAAAAGUGCGCGUAGUGCAACCACCAGUUGUAAUAAUAGUACUGAUUUUUGUAAUUAUAGACUAGGAUAAUUGAUAAUUCUAAUAACCAAAGAGGAGUCGCGAACCGUUGAUACACCUACUAAUUGCUCACUAGUGUUAGUGAUAGGAACAUUUUGUAUAUAUUUGCCUGUAUGUACUUAUUUAUUUACUAGGUAAUAGCCGAUAAUGUGAUGAAUUUUUAAAUACCA